ACAGAAAGUACGAAGGACGUAAAUGUGCAAAUAUUCUCACAAGGUAAUAGAUCGGUGAGCUUCGUGCUGCAUCAUCGUGUGCUCCUCGUCGUCGUCGAAAGAGAGAGAGACGAAAAAAUGGUGAGAGAAGUGGCGGAGAGCUGUGUAGACACUAUGUUGAUGGAGAUGGUGGCGAUGUACAGCGGCAGAUUCUACGCCAACAAGCCGGAACUCGCCGCUCGGAGGAUCGAGGCCAUCGGUUAUCAGGUCGGCCACCAGCUCUCCGAGAGGUACACUAUGGAAAGACCAAGGUUCAGCGACCAUCUAGAGGCAAUCAAGUUUAUCUGUAAAGACUUCUGGUCUGAGGUUUUCAAGAAGCAGAUUGAUAAUCUCAAGACUAAUCACCGGGGUACUUUUGUAUUGCAAGACAACAAGUUCAGAUGGCUAUCUCGUGUCUCGAUUGACCCUUCGUCUGAGAAGGAAACCGAAGAUCCGUCUACUCCAGGGGAAAGCAAAGCAGCACAAGCGGUGAGCAUGUACCUGUAUUUCCCAUGUGGAAUCAUAAGAGGUGUCCUCUCCAACUUGGGGAUACCUUGUGCUGUCUCUGCAGACAUAUCCAGCCUUCCCACUUGCUCCUUCGUGAUUCGGGUCAAGGCUUGAUUCUGGCAUUAGCUUGGGAGUCCUCUCAUUUUCAGAUUCCAGCUCGGCUUUAUGGUUUCAACUUUCAAGGAAGAUAAGAGUCUUUAGAGUCCUAAGAGAUUUAACUAAAAGCCCUUCUCAAGGCUUCUGUUUGCUGCGGCUUCUGCCAGUUCUCACAACUUUGAAUUCCCUUCCCUGUAAAACAAUAGUAUUUGAAUGCCUAAUGGGCCUAUCUCGUCCUAAAAAGCCUGUUAAGUAAGCUUUUCCAUUCUUAGUCACGACUUUGAAUUCCGACUUUAGUAUAGUUUUUGUCUUUA